GGAAAAGAAGACGUUUAUGAGGGAGGCAGUCAAGUUGUUGGGUCAGCAGAAAGAUGCGGGGAAAGGCAGGGUUUCUGAGGAUUCUGAGGAUUCGGAAGAUCAUAGCGAUGAUUCUGACGAAGAUGACUCGCAGAAAGGCGACAGGAAACUCGAUAAGGUAAAGUCAUUGGCUCCAAAGAAAAAGGACGAGGCUGCCUGCCCCAGCAGCUUGCAGAAGAGGACCGUUCGACGACUCCCGAAAAGGGGAUAUGUAUCCAUGCCCAAUAUGUGAAAGAAAGGCUAUGCAUAUGUUUGUCAAAUAUAGGCCCAAAAUACCGCUUGUAACGGAAUUUUCUUGUGAUUUGACAUAAGACUCGGAGUGACGGAAGAGCAGUUUGGAGUAAUUGCAAGUGUCUGUGCGAUCGACCCGUUUGGUUUUAUAACGGCAGCUUGUUUACGCGUCACAUCAGAGUAAGUUUAAAUUUUGUUUCCAUGAUUCCAAGCAUAGUUGAUAAACACCAUCAUCUGC